AUGCUAGCUGCAGACGUUAAUGGGCCAAAGGUCAGUAGGUCGAACGAUAUCUAUCUAUCUAUCUAUCUAUCUAUCUAUCUAUCUAUCUAUUUGCGGAUCUAUCUGUCCUUGAAUGGUUCUCAUCUAUUUAUUUAUCUAUAUUUAUUCCUUCAUAUCUAUCUAUGUAUCUAUUCAUCGAUCUAUAUAUCGUCAUUGUUUCAUAUCUAUCUAUUCUCGCUCCUUCAUAUCUAUCUAUCUAUCUAUAUUGGAAUGGCUCUUAUCUAUCUAUCUUCGUUCCUUUAUAUAUUUCUAUCUUUCUUUAAAUGCCAGUCAUCUAUCUAUCUAUAUAUCUUCGUUCAUUCAUAUCUAUCUGUGUCUCUCUCAGCUAUCUCUCUGUUUUUCGCGUUCCUUCCUAUCUAUCUAUCUAUCUAUCUAUCUAUCUAUCUAUCUAUCUAUAUAUCUAUCUAUCUAUCUAUCUAUCUAUCAUUUUUGGAUCUAUAUAUCUAUCUCUUCAUUCAUCUAUCUAUCUAUCUAUCUAUCUAUUUAUCUAUCAUUGAAUGGAUAUAUAUAUCUAUAUCCUAUCUUCAUUCAUUCAUUCACAUCGGCAUACCAACCUCUACUGGUUAUUUAAUACCGAAAUCUAUCUAUCUAUCUAUCUAUCUAUCUAUCUAUCUAUCUAUCUAUCUAUCUCAGUCUGUUCAUUAUCUAUCUAUCUAUCUAUCUAUCUAUCUAUCUAUCUACCUAUCUAUCUAUCUAUGUUUGAAUGACUCUCGUCUAUCUAUUUAUCUAUCCUCUCUGUUCAUUAUCUAUCUAUCUAUCUAUCUAUCUAUCUAUCUAUCUAUCUAUCUAUCUAUCUAUCUAUCUAUCUAUCCCAGUCUGUUCAUUAUCUAUCUAUCUAUCUAUCUAUCUAUCUAUCUAUCUAUCUAUCUAUGUUUGAAUGACUCUCAUCUAUCUAUUUAUCUAUCCUCGUUCCUUCGUAUCUAUCUAUCUAUCUAUCUAUCUAUCUAUCUAUCUAUCUAUCUAUCUAUCUAUCUAUCUAUCUCAGUCUGUUCAUUAUCUAUCUAUCUGUGA